AAGCCUGAGUUCGCUCUACACGUACAGUAACAACAUGAACCAUAUCGUGUAUAGUUGUUUCAUCCUCAGUAUUGUGGUUAUUUUACCCUGUGUGUCUACAGACAACAAAUGCAUUCUCCAUUCAGAUUCAUUUGAGUCUCAGUUUUGUGAACUGAAAGAUGAGGUCACAGCAAUGACUGUCAAGUACGCAGACCUAACACAGGCAGAGAAGGAUAUUGCUAGCCUUAAACAUACUGUCCAGUCACAAACCGCCCGGAUACUUGACAACGAGAAAACUAUAGCCUCAAACUCAAACCACAAGAACCUCACAGAUCAGGUUGAACAGCUGAAGCAACUGGUUGCAGAUUUACUGAACAGAACAGCAGAAAUAGAAGCUAAAGUAUCAGGACCCGUGAAGCAGUGCGACUCCAAUCCCUGUCAUAACAAUGCUUCCUGUCUGGAACUGACUGGCGGUUACUACUGCGCAUGUCAAGGAAACUACACCGGAACACAAUGCGAAAAGGAAGAUCACUGUGCAAUGUCCCCCUGUCAGAAUGGGGGAACGUGUUACAGUAACGCGAUUUCUUAUAUUUGUAAUUGUACUGUGGGCUACGGCGGCCCUACAUGUGGAAACAAGCUGAAUCCUUGUGACUCCAGCCCCUGUGUUAACGGAUUGUGUAAACCUCUCAACGACACAUAUGACUGUUCGUGUGAUGUGGGUUUCACGGGCGUCAACUGUAACGUGUCAACAGCAACAUCUAGCCCAAUAGUCGCCGCAUCUACUUCCGGUUUGCUUAUGACGUCAACAACUACCUUAGCAACAGCGAUGCCGACAACUCCUAGUGUAUGCGACGGACCGCCCAAAUGUAACCCUCCUGCUACGUGCACGCCUAUUCCAAAUUCAAACGACUUUAAGUGCAUGUGUCCAGAUACCCCCGAAACCUUGGCAGAUCCAUGCUGGGAACCAUCCUACCUUGAACCUUUCGGGUUCUGUUGCAGAGUAAAUACCUGUGGUGGUCCGACGCCAGAUCCGUUGUGUUGAAAUCAAAGUGAACAAACGGUUACGUUCCCAUCGUACUGGCUAUUCUAAUGAAAACAGUUAAAGUGAACAACAAUAAAUUGUUCUGAAUACAUGUA